UCUCGUGCGGCUCCCGUGUCUCCUUCGGUCGUUAAUUUCCAAGCCAGCCACACCUGACCCGAUAUCGCCAUUCAAACUUCUUCUAGAGGAACCGGAACCGCGAAAGUCAACGCGGUCCGAAGUUUUGCCGUAGUCGCAUGGAGGACCGCGACGGCUUCUGCCGUCUGCAAAUUCUUGAGGCCCCCAGCUAGAGAGAGAGAGAGAGAGAGGAGAGAGAGGUCCCUGAUCAUUUUGGACUGAGAGAACUCGGAAGCUGGUAGCUUGUGGCAUAAUCGUCAAAAGGGUCGGAUUAUCAGGUGGGGAGGAAAGUCGGGAUGGAUCAGAUAAUGGGCAAGCUGGGGUCGUAUUGGUUAGGCCAGAGAGCUAAUAAGGAGAUUGAUUCCGUCGGCGACGAUUUCACCUCAAUGUCAAGCAGCCUCGAAAGUGGAACUAAAUGGUUGGUCAACAAACUGAAAGGGAAGAUGCAAAAGCCAUUGCCGGAUCUUCUGAAGGAAUAUGAUUUACCAAUAGGGAUCUUCCCUCGUGAUGCUACCAAUUACGAGUUCGAUGAGGAGACUGGAAAGCUCACUGUCUUCAUACCAUCAAUUUGUGAAGUAGGCUACAGAGACUCUGUUUUACGUUUUUCCACCACGGUGACUGGCAUUUUGACUAAAGGCAAGCUGGCAGACAUAGAAGGGAUGAAGACGAAGGUGAUGAUUUGGGUGAAGGUGACGUCAAUUUCAUCUGAAGCAUCGAAGCUUCACUUCACUGCCGGUAUGAAGAAAACGCGAAGCAGAGAAGCUUAUGAGUUUAUUAAAGCCGGGUUUACAGUUGAUAAGUUUUGAGGUAUUUUCUAUUCAUGUUGAAGAUCUUGGCGACUUGAUCUUGUAUUAUAGAGCUUUUGACAUAACACGCCAUGCGCUUACGCCGUGCACUUUGUGAUUGCUUGAUGUAAGUAAUAAGUAUUUGAAUUAUUCCUCAAAGUUAGACAUAAUAAUAUCUGUGUAAACUUCUGGAGUUCACUUGCUGUUCAAAUCAA